UUUUGUUUUGAAUUUGCCGGCUGCUUAAUUGCGCAAAGCUUGAACAAACAAAAGCAAAUAAAUCAAAAACAAGUGAAUCAAGUGUAAAAGACUACUUAGAAUUAAAGCCUCGCUUAAUGUGUUUAAAACAAAACGAAGAUAACAAUAAAACAAAAAGAAAAAAAAACGUAUACAAAAUAGUAAACAAAAUCACUCAUACGAGCUGCCGGCUUCGAAGCGCAUAUAAAAAGACAAUUCGUCCAGCAACCGGCAAACAGUUCACAGCCAACGCUCAAAGUGAGAACUACAAGUAGAAUCCGUUUUUUCAAACCAAUAACCACAAACAAUAAAAUAUUGACAAACAUGAAAUUUUUUGCUGUUGUUGUUGUACUUGCCUUCGUCGCCGUCGCUGCUGCGCAAGAGGCCGGUCUCAAAUUGACCGAGGAGCAGAAGCAAAAGGUACACACUUUGGGCGCUGAAUGUUUGAAGGAAACCGGUGCUGCCGAAGAGGCGGUUCGUGCUGUCGUUAAGGGCGAUAAUAGCCAAGUCGAUGACAAAGUCAAAUGCUUCGCCAAGUGUAUGCUCGGCAAAUUGGGUUAUGUCGAGAAUGGUAAGGUCAAUGAGGAAGUCGUACAGAACUCACUGGGCAAAUUGAUUGGCGACGAGAAAGUUAAGGCUAUUCAAGCUAAGUGCAAUGGUUUGAAGGGUACCGACGACUGUGACACUGCCUUCCAAUUGCGCCAAUGUUAUGUGGCUGAGCACGGUGCUAUCAUUAUUUAAAUGCCAGCAAGUAUUAGUAGUUAUGCGAAAAAAAAAUAUUAUGAUUAAUACUCUUAAGACACUUCCAUAUGUAGCAAAUAAAAUGCAUGCACCUUUUGUGUGAUUUUAAAAGUAA